AAUACAAAUUUCUUUGACGUUCUAUUUUCUUCUUAAUUUUCUUCACAUUAAAGAGCAAUCUCUUAGAAAUAAUGGCUGCAAAGGAAGAGGGACCUGCAAUCGGAAUUGAUCUAGGGACUACAUACUCAUGCGUGGCUAUGUGGAAGAAUGACAGAGUGGAGAUCAUAGCCAAUGAUCAAGGCAGCAGGACGACGCCGUCUUAUGUGGCGUUUACUGAUAAGGAGCGUUUUAUUGGUGACGCUGCAAAGAACCAGGUUGACAUGAACUCCAAGAACACCGUUUAUGAUGCAAAGAGGUUGAUCGGUAGAAGAUUCAACGAUGAAUCAGUCCAGAGAGAUAUGAAGUUAUGGCCUUUCAAGGUCGUUGAUGGAGAUGGUGGAAAGCCAAUGAUUGUGAUCAAAAGCAAGGGGGAAGAGAAGCAGUUGGCUCCUGAAUUAGUUUCUUCCAUGAUACUUUCCAAAAUGCGUCAGAUUGCCGAAGAUUUUCAUGGUUCAACGGUGAAGAAUGCAGUUAUCACGGUUCCUGCCUAUUUCAAUGACUCCCAGCGUCAAGCCACCAAGGAUGCUGGUGAAAUUGCUGGACUAAAUGUUAUGAAAAUCAUCAAUGAACCCACUGCUGCAGCCAUUGCUUAUGGUCUCGACAAGAAGAAUUCCGGUGCCGGUGAAAGAAAUGUUUUGAUUUUCGAUCUUGGGGGCGGUACUUUUGAUGUGUCUUUGCUUACCAUUGAUAAAGAUACCUUUCAAGUGAAGGCCAUUGCUGGAGACACCCAUCUCGGUGGUGAGGAUUUUGAUAACAACCUGGUAGAUCACUUUGUUAAGGAGUUCAGGCAGAAGUAUAAGAAAGACGUCAGUCAAAAACCUAGAGCUCUCCAGAGACUGAGAUCUGCGUGCGAGAGGGCCAAGAGGACUCUUUCAUUCACUUCUCAAACUUCAAUUCAUGUUGAUUUUUUGUUUCAGGGAAUUGAUUUCCAUUCAAAUAUUAGCCGUACCAAAUUUGAGGAGCUCAACAUGGAUCUCUUCAGCAAGUGUAUUACUCAGGUUGAUAAUUGUUUGAGUGAUGUUAAGAUGGACAAUAAUAGUGUCCAUGAUAUAGUCCUUGUUGGUGGUUCAACCAGGAUUCCGAAAGUGCAGCAGCUAUUGCAGGACUUCUUCAAUGGAAAAAACCUUUGUAAAAACAUUAACCCAGAUGAAUCUGUUGCUUACGGUGCUGCAAUUCAGGCUGCCCUAUUGAGUGGUCAGGGUAAUGAGACUAUGCAGGGACUCGUCCUCACGGACGUUACCCCUCUUUCUCUUGGAGUUGAAGUUGGAGGUUGUAUCAUGUCUGUUCUAAUCCCAAGGAACACUACAAUCCCCACAAAGAAAGAAAAGGUGUUCUCAACAUGCGCAGAUUUUCAAUCUGUAGUCAGGAUCGACGUUUAUGAGGGUGAGAGAGCAAGAACUAUGGAUAACAAUUUUUUGGGAAGAGUCAGUCUCUUCGGUAUUCUACCCGCUCCAAGGGGUUUUCCUCAGAUCAAUGUCUGCUUCGAAAUUGAUGAAAAUGGAAUCCUGAAUGUCUCAGCUGAGGACAAGACCACUGGCAUGACGAUCAAGAUUACAAUCACCAUUGAUAAGGGAAGGAUGUCUAGGGAUGAAAUUGAGAAGAUGGUUAAGGAGGCAGAGAAGUACGAGGCUGAAGAUAAAGAGUAUAAAAAGAAAGUUGAGGCCAAGCUUUCUUUGGAGGGUUAUGUCAGCCAUAUGAGGCACAUUGUCAAGUCUGAGAAGAUAACAUCUAAGCUCCCUGCUGGUAAGAAGAAGAAGAUUUUGGGUGAUAUUAAUCGUGUCAUUGAGUGGCUUAAUGAAAGAGACGAAGUUGUUGAGGCAAACAUUUACGAGGACAAGAAGCAGGAGCUUGAAAUAAUUUGCCGCCCAGUUUUUGAAAUUCUUUCGGAAGACGAUGGUGACAUUGAAGUUGGCAUUGAUGAUGAAGCUUUCCUGAGCUAUGCCAUGGGUGGUGUCAAGAUCGAGGAUGUUGACUAAGUUUUUUCUAAGUGUUUUGAAUAUGCUAGGCACUAGGCAGAAGCGUAUCUGCGUACUUAUGGUUACGUUGAUUAGAACUUAUGAUUGUAUUAUCUUUCUUUUAUAAUUUCGACUUGUUUGUGCAAAGAAUCAAGCCCCGUUAACUAACCUUAUAAAUCAGUUUGUGUAACCUUAACACCUGUAAGCUUUACACUUAUGAGUUUAUAUGGGUAAUUAUCCACUUAAGU